CCCCUGUCGGGUACCCACCCACAUCGUGGCCAGUGUCGGGCACAGUCCGCGCCCGCGCCUCCUCAAGUCUCAUUUUCUUUGACUUCCGCAGAACAGCCUCGUUUACUGGAGGGAAUUGGGGUCUGCGGGGUAUACGUGAAGUAUCUGUACAUAUAAAUUAGUCCCAGAGGAGCCCCUGCACGACAGCGCCUCCUCGGCGCAAUACACCGGACGUCUCUCGUUGUUAUAAUAGACAUGGCCCCUCCAGUUCUCAGUGCACUACACCCCCCUACAUUUCGCACAACAUUGAACAGCUGGCGUCCACUCGUCGUCGACUCAUGCAAUUAUGGAGCUGAGACCAGACCAUCGUUCGAUCCGUUCUCAUCCAACGCCAGGUCCUUCGACCCCGACGGCCUUGACCAGCUUGCCCUACAAGGCAUCGAUUUCUCCGAUCCAACCGCCAUUAGUAAACUAUUUGGUAUUGAAGGUGUGCAGUCAAAGUCCCCAGUCGAGAUUCGAUUGGAGGCGCGGCAGCGCCGGGACCGCAUAUUCGCACUUCAUGACAGACUGCGCGCCAUCCUUGAGCGCCACGAGGCCACGAUCCAGUCGCGAUGGACCAAGAAAAAAAAGAAGCAGCGUCUCGAAGUCCUCGCCACGGCGUGGGGGCCUGGCAUGGCGUCCGUGCAUCGACCAGAUUUCGACGCCUUCCGUCGGGAGUCCUCCGAGAAGCGGAAAACGGGGGCGACCAAAUACAAAGACUACUACAUGUGGCCCUAUAUCAAUCAGGAGGACUUGGCUAAGCCAAAGACCCUGCUGCUUAUGCUCAAUGCCAGAGGCCGCCAUCACCCGUCCGAGUUUGCUGGCGCCGAUUUCGAAGCAAUGCGUCUCGGCCGGACAAGCGGGGCCAUCACGCCCGUGUUCCUCAACGGCUAUGUCAUGAUCAUCUUCGUCGAAUCAUCAAAUAAAUCCGAAUAUGGUAAGCUGCUUGGAUGGCAUGAGCAUAAGGAUGCAUUUGGCUGGAUGUGCUCUCGGAUGCAAGCUCUACCCGGCGAGGGCCUGUUCGUUCUCGAGGCCCAAGAACGGGUUUUGGACUUCCUGGUGAAAUGCUGUCAGAUUGUUCUACAUGACAUAUCAGCCGAUGACCUGGCAACCAACGCGUUCCCUCUGCUGCCAGAGCCACGGCUGAAGGGCGAAAGGGACGCUGACAGCUUUGAGUCUCUGGCAGUCUUAGCGGCAGAGACACCGUAUCGUGUGCCCGCGCAUUUGGAUCUCGAACGAAUGGUGAACUUACUCCGAGCCCGGGCUUCUGCUGCAGAGGACCACGUAUGGGCCCUGCGAGAAGAUCCAGGGUACUUUGCAGAGCACUUGGCUGAGUUCAAGGAGCAUCGGCAGGAAAUGAUCAGGGAUACAAAGGGCGAUAUCCACCCAACACUUCGACCGGGCAAAGACAGCAUCUUUUGGGCGCGCAUCAUUGGCAAUGCUGUGGCAGGCGCCUAUCUAGACCUCGAGAUAUUUGCCGAGCUCAAGGCGCAGGCCGAGGCCUUGCUGCCAAUCUUCUCAAAAUACUCGGCGAAGCUGUCCCCAGCGGGCGGCCUCCCGGAAGAAUUGCUCGCGCCGAUGCUCAAGUUUCGUCAUUACCUUACCCAGGCGGCCAAGGGUCCGUUGGACGUUCUGAAGGCAUCCGUUCUGGCAUCGCCGCCAUGGCGCAGAUUCUUUGUUCGCGAGCCACCUGCAACUGUCGCGUCGACUGCCAUCGCUGUUGCUUCGAAACCGGGCGUCAAGAUGACAAAAAUUACCGGAGAACUACUCUGGCUUCUCCGCCUGUUGUGCGAGGACGGAAUGGGCCUGCUUUGGAUCGGCCUGCCUGCUGCUUUGGACGAGCUAGAGAGGUUACUUCAGGCAGAGCCCGAGGCAAACGAGCUGCUGACGUCGCACCUUUCUAACGCGGUCAGUACCUUGUCUAUUGUCUCACAAUGCUUGGCUCAACUCGAGCAAUUUCAACCAUGGUCUCGAGCCUUCGACUCAGCUUUGGUUGAUCGAGAGGAUGGCUUUAAGAAGGAAUAUGCUAGGCGCACCGGCUCAUGGGUGAAAAUGAGGUCGGCUGUGGGAGAGAAGCACCUCACUCUGGCCGCAAAGCUUGGCGAUCCUUCUGACAGGAAGUUUGCCUAUCCAUCCGAGAAGCGGCGCACCCGGGAGAUCACAGAGGUAUUGCGUCAUGCAGAGAAAAGCCUCGACAGGUUCUGGACGACCAUCGACCAGCUCGUUUACAACUCGUGCGGAAAGCUAGACGAAACCGCGACAGGGAAGCUACUGUCGCGAGACCGCAGUUUGCAACGCACACAAGAGUGGGUGGACGAGCCCGUGAUGACGACUGAGAGACCAGAACAAGGAUCACCAGAAGCCGGUCACGCGAAUGCCGCGCUCAUUUAUAGGCCGUUAUCCACUCUGUAUUUUGAGUCUCCGGGGAAAGCAAUGGUUGCCGAGCCUAACGACCUGCCGAAGUUAAAGGUAAAGACGAAAGGGAUUGCAUCGAGCGCAAAGAGCGAUCCCGAUCCCGAGCUUCCGUCGGAUAGGACUGCCAAUGAUCCCCCACCUGUUUUCGUGGGCGCUCGAGACCUCAAAGUGUUCAACACGCUCUUCUUUGACCCGACCGUGUCGUCUCACCCGGGAGAAAUGCCGUGGAACGACUUCCUGCAUGCCAUGACCUCCACAGGCCUGUUCACUGCGGAGAAGCUUUACGGGUCCGUCUGGCAGUUCCAGCGAGUCAAUGCAUCCGAUCAAAGCCGAAUCCAGUUCCACGAGCCACAUCCCCACGGCAAGAUACCGUUUGUGCUGGCGAGACGCUUCGGCAGGAGACUGAAUAGGCACUUUGGCUGGGUUCGGGGGACUUUUGUGUUGAAAGAAAAAUAAAGCAACUACUCCCGCAUGACGCUUGAUCUCAGCGAGAUGCAUUAAUUCGUCAUGACCCUUGGUUCCUUAAUGACCCGCUACGAUGUGGGGUAUAUAGCAGUUGUUUGAAUAACAUACAGUAGAGCUAAA